AUGCGGCGCAGCUAUAUACCUAUACUAGAGACUUUGCUCCAAAGUGAGACAAGGAUGGGAGAAAAGGUACAGAUCACUGUCACUCUGACAAAUGAACUGCCACCGACGUCACCGGUGUGCAUUCAGUUUUACAACAUAAUAUUCAGAAGGAUCCUGAGAAUGCUUGACAUGCAGCAGAUUGGACGCAACUACUACAACCCCAAGGAUCCACUCAACAUCCCACAGCACAGGCUCACCAUCUGGCCAGGCUACACCACAACCAUCCUGCAGUACGAGUCUGCCAUAAUGCUGUGCACUGACGUGAGCCACAAGGUCCUGCGUAGUGAGACGGUGCUGGACUUCAUGGUCAACCUGAGGCAGAAGACUGGAGAUCAGCGAUUCUCUGAGAUCUGCGGCAAGGAGCUGAUUGGUCUCAUAGUCCUCACCAAGUACAACAACAAGACCUACAGGAUCGAUGAUAUCGCAUGGGAUCACACUCCUAUGAACACUUUCACAAAGGCAAACAAAGAAGUCUCCUUCAAGGACUACUACAAGUCUCAAUACAGCCUGGACAUCCGUGAUAACAACCAGGUGCUGCUGAUUAGCAAUGUGAAGAAGAUGGGGCCCGCUCAAGGCCCUCCUCCUGGCCCGGCCAUGCUCAUCCCAGAGCUCUGCUUCCUUACAGGCUUGACUGACAAGAUGCGAGCUGACUACACCAUCAUGAAGGACUUGGACAAACACACCAAAUUGGAACCACAACAGAGAGAGUCGCGCCUCAACAGAUUUGUCUCCAGUUUGCAUAUGAACACUGACGCUCAGGCAGAGUUGGACAAGUGGGGACUCAGCUUUGACAGGGAACUCCUGAAAAUGACUGGCCGAGUCCUCCCAGGGGAGAGGAUUUUCCAGGGAUCUAGAUCGUAUGAGUACAACCCCAUGAUGGCUGAAUGGGCCAAAGAGAUGCGUGGCAUGCCUGUCAUCAGCUCUCCUCCGAUUGACAAGUGGUUCAUGUUUCACACCCGGCGUAACGUCAACGAAGCGAUGUCCCUUAUGCAGACCCUCGGCAAAGUCUCCGCUCCCCUCGGGAUCCGCAUGCAGAAAGGCGUCAUGAUCGAGUAUGACGACCAAUUGGAGUCUCUCCUCAGAGCCCUGCAGCACAACGUGACACCCCAAACACAGAUGGUGGUGGUGGUCCUCGCCAGCAACAGGAAGGAUAAGUAUGACUCCAUCAAGAAGUACCUCUGUGUGGACUGCCCCACCCCAAGCCAGUGUGUGGUGGCCCGGACCCUCAGCAAACCCCAGGCACUCAUGACCAUAGCUACCAAAAUUGCUCUGCAGAUGGCUUGCAAGGUUGGAGGAGAGCUCUGGAGCGUGGAAAUCCCUCUCAAACAGCUGAUGAUUGUGGGCAUCGACUGCUACCAUGACAUCUCUGCCGGCAGGAGGUCCAUUGGAGCUCUGGUGGCCAGCCUAAACCAGAGCAUGAGCAGGUGGUAUUCAAAGUGUGUGCUGCAGCACAAGGGGCAGGAAAUCAUGGACGGACUCAAGAUGGCCUUGUGUGGUGCUCUGAAAGACUACAUGAAGUUCAACAACUGUCUGCCUUCGCGCAUCAUUGUGUACCGAGACGGGGUGGGAGACGGCCAGCUGCACAGCGUGGUCGACUACGAGGUGUCACAGAUCCUGGACUGCAUCAAGUCCAUGGGGGAAGACUACGUGCCCAAGCUUACUGUGGUGGUGGUGAAGAAGCGCAUCAGCUGCAGGCUGUUCAGCCUUGUCACUGGGAAGGCCACCAACCCCCCCCCAGGCACCGUGGUGGACUCAGUCAUCACCCGUCCAGAGUGGUAUGACUUCUACAUCGUGAGCCAGCAUGUGCGCUUUGGCAGCGUUGCCCCGACCCACUACAACGUAGUGUACGACAGCAGCGGCCUGAAGCCUGACCACAUGCAGCGGCUCACCUACAAGCUGUGCCACAUGUACUACAACUGGCAGGGGAUCAUCAGGGUGCCCGCUCCGUGCCAGUACGCCCACAAGAUGGCCUUCCUGGUGGGCCAGAGCAUCCACAGGGAGCCCAGCAUGAAGCUGGAUGACCUGCUCUUCUAUCUGUGAGGAGGAGGAGGAGGAGGAGG